AUGGUUCAGGGGCCCAUGGGAAACUGUGCCAAGCGGCCCCGACAUCGGGGAUCCAAGGACCGCUGGCAGUGGCCCAGCUGCCCCUCAGGGGGCUCCUGCCACAGCCCCGGCCCCAGGCCCAGCCCUGAGGAUCAGGGGGGCCCCAGGCCGGGCCUCCAGGGCUAUGCGGUGCUCAACAGGCUGGUGGGCCCCGCCUGCAUCUUCCUGCGGCCCAGCAUCGCCAUCACCCAGCUCGACCGGGAGCUGCGGCCAGAGGAGAUCGAAGAGCUGCAGGCUGCCUUCCAGGAGUUUGACCGAGACCGGGACGGCUACAUCGGCUACCGGGAGCUGGGUGCCUGCAUGCGGACACUGGGCUACAUGCCCACCGAGAUGGAGCUCAUCGAGAUUUCACAGAAGAUGAGUGGCGGGAAGGUGGACUUUGAAGACUUCGUGGAGCUGAUGGGCCCCAAGCUGCUGGCAGAGACGGCGGACAUGAUCGGCGUGCACGAGCUGCGGGAUGCCUUCCGGGAGUUCGACACCAACGGGGACGGCUGCAUCAGCUUAGGUGAGCUCCGGGCGGCCCUCAAGGCUCUGCUGGGGGAGCGCCUCAGCCAGCGGGAGGUGGACGAGAUCCUCCAAGACACUGACCUCAACGGGGACGGCCUGAUCGACUUUGAAGAGUUUGUGCGAAUGAUGUCUCGCUGAGCCUGCACAGAAGCUGGAGGCAGCAGACAGGACUUGGGACCACAGCCACUGCCUGC